AGAGAGAGAAAACAAACAGGUAGAAAGAGACUAGAGAGACAAAGAAACCAGCAGAGAAAGAGAGAGAAAGAGAGUGUAUUAAUAUAUUAACUCUCUCUCUCUCUCUCUCAGUCACACAGGAAAAAAAAAAAAAAAAAAAAAAAGCAAGCAAAUUUGGGGAUUUGGUAACGUUGAUUCAUUUCAUUCAUUCAGGGUCUCCCUUAUUAGAAGAACAAAACCAAACCAAACCCAACAAGAAGAACAAGAACCAAAAACGACAACAGUAAGUAACACCACACAAGGCUGAGGAGUGAGAGAGACAGAGACAGAGACACAGACACGGAGAGAGAUUCACAAAGGAAAAAAAAAAAAAGCAAAGUGGUUUUUGGGGACCAAACAAAGACAAAAGCAGAAGAGCCGGUUUUGUAACCGAAGCAGAAGAGAGUGUGGCAGUCGUUACAAAACAACAACAACAACAACAACAACAAUAACAAUAACAGCCUCAACAGCAACUAAUCAUUAUGAUUACUCGUUGCAUAACCGUCCUGUCUGCCUAGAUACUAAAGGAUUGACCUUUGAGCUUGCUUUCGUUUGCUGGGUUUUAUUUUCUUCUUCUUCUUCACUGUUUUCCUUUGUACGACGUUUGUUUGUGGGGUCUUCAAUGGCACAUCUGGAAGGGAGUCCUAUGAGCUCGUCGAUUUCUCAAGCGGAAACGGGUUGUGUAAAUGAUGAUCUGUACACGGAGCUUUGGAAGCUAUGUGCAGGGCCUCUGGUGGAUGUACCAAAGCCUGGGGAGAGAGUGUUUUACUUCCCUCAGGGUCACAUGGAACAAUUGGAAGCAUCAACAAAUCAGGGGCUAAAUCAGCAAAUCCCUCUAUUUAAUCUUCCUCCCAAGAUCCUUUGUCGUGUUGUUCACAUUCGAUUACUGGCUGAACAAGAAUCAGAUGAGGUUUAUGCACAGAUCACCCUGCAACCGGAAGCAGAACAAAGUGAGCCUUCAAGUCCUGAUAUAUGCCCACCUGAGCCUCCAAGGCAAACAGUGCACUCGUUUUGUAAAAUUUUAACUGCUUCAGAUACAAGCACUCAUGGAGGGUUCUCUGUUCUUCGAAAGCACGCCACUGAAUGCCUGCCUUCAUUGGACAUGACCCAAGUAACACCAACUCAGGAAUUGGCUGCCAAGGAUCUUCAUGGGUCUGAGUGGAAGUUUAAGCAUAUAUUUAGAGGCCAACCACGGAGGCAUUUGCUUACAACGGGAUGGAGUAACUUUGUCACAUCCAAGAGAUUGGUUGCGGGAGAUGCCUUUGUGUUUUUGAGGGGUGAUAAUGGGGAAUUGCGAGUAGGUGUACGGCGUCUUGCCCGUCAGCAGAGUCCCAUGCCUUCAUCUGUGAUAUCCAGCCAGAGCAUGCAUCUUGGAGUGCUUGCUACUGCUUCUCAUGCUGUUAUGACCCAAACCCUUUUUGUAGUUUUUUACAAGCCAAGGACUAGCCAGUUCAUUAUUGGUGUAAACAAAUAUCUAGAGGCUGUUAACAAUGCGUUUUCAGUUGGCAUGCGCUUUAAGAUGAGAUUUGAGGGAGAAGACUCUCCAGAAAGAAGGUUCACAGGCACUAUAGUUGGGGUUGGAGAUAUAUCUAAAGAGUGGUCAGAUUCUAAAUGGCGGUCAUUGAAGAUUCACUGGGAUGAACCUGCGACAAUACCAAGGCCAGAGAGGGUUUCCCCCUGGGAGGUAGAGCCUUUUGCUUCUUCUGCAUCCUUAAACCUUACUCAACCAGUGGUAAAGAGCAAGAGGCCCCGACCUGUUGAUAUUCCAUCUUCUGAAAUCACCACCAAUUCUGCAGCAUCAGCAUUUUGGUUUCAUGGAUCAACUCACUCCCAUGAGUUAACCCAAUUAGGUAGUGCUGCUGAAGUCCAAAGCCGUGAAACCUGUGGUGUCUGGCCUUCUAGCCAGAAAGAAAUCAACACUAAUGGCUCAUGCAUCCGAACAGAAGGCAAAUGGCCCUCUUCUCCACAUGUAAAUGUCUCACUAGAUCUUUUCUCGGAUUCAGCAGAGGACAACAAAACUGGAACAGCACAGUCAACUAUCCCUGAUUAUCUCUCUCCAGGUUCAUCUAUGCUAAAUAAUGGUCCCAUAAAUGACCAUGUGGAAAAACGGACAAAAUCUAAGACUUUUCUUGGUUGCCGGCUAUUUGGAAUUGAUUUGACGAAAAACUCCCAAACCACUGCUCCUCCAGAGAGGGAAUCAGCAAUAAUGAUGUCCAGUAGUGCCAAAGGAUCUAGUUCAACUGCAAUACCAGAAGCUGAUAGGGUGCAUAAUCUGGAUGCUUCAAAGUCCUCAAACGAACAGAAGCAACUUAUACCAGACAUGUCAUUGAAGGAGACACAGAGCAAGCAGGGCUCCACUCUUUCCAUGAGAACUCGUACCAAGGUGCAAAUGCAAGGGGUUGCUGUUGGCCGUGCUGUUGACUUGACUGUGUUGAAGGGGUACAAUGAUCUUAUAGAUGAGCUGGAGAAAAUGUUUGAGAUUAAAGGGGAACUUCGUACACGGAACAAAUGGGCAAUUGUUUUUACUGAUGAUGAAAAUGACAAGAUGCUUGUGGGCGAUGAUCCAUGGCCGGAGUUUGUUAAGAUGGUUAGGAAAAUCUACAUAUAUUCAAGUGAGGAAGUGAAAAAGAUGAGUACGAGAUGCAAGCUUAAUGCUUCGUCAUUUGAAGGUGAAGGAACUGUUGUGAGCUCGGACUCAGAGCAUGGGGCUGAAACUUAAAUAGUUCAGUCUCCGUUUUACUUUAUGGUUUUAUAUUGUUUUGCUUUCUUUGCUUGUGUUGGGGUGGGUUGCUGGUGGUUUGGUUUGCUCAGAUUUUUGGAGCUUUCACAAGGACAGCCAAAAAGAAUGCUCAAUGGAUUGGGUUUUGAUGUAAGGGGUGGUAGACUCUUACGUUGAAGUAGAGGAACUUAAAGCAUGGGAAAUGGAAUCUGUGUAUACCUUGUUUAUGGGUGGUUGGUAUAAACAUUAUUCUGCCUGUAAGAAUACCAAUGUAUUUGCAUUUUGGUUUCAGUUUUA